GCAUCCUAUUCUGAACUGUUUGAUCUGAGUUCUCCCGAUUUGUUAAGUGUGUUAGCUACUAUUGAUUUUAUGCUCUAGUUCACUUUCAUUUUAUAGAAUAUCACCAUGUCGGUGGCGUUUGCACCUCACAGGCAGCGUGGGAAGGGUGAUAUAACACCCGCUGGAAUACAAAAGCUACUUGACGAAAACAACCAGCUGAUCCAGUGUAUAAUGGACUUCCAGAGUAAAGGCAAAACCGCAGAGUGUUCACAGUAUCAACAGAUGCUGCACAGAAAUUUAGUGUACCUUGCCACGAUAGCAGACUCCAAUCAGAACAUGCAGUCUCUCCUCCCUGCUCCGCCCACUCAAAACAUGCCUAUGGGCCCUGGUGGAAUGAACCAAAGUGGACCCCCUCCUCAGCCUCCUCACGGCCACAACAUGCCCUCUGAGGGUAUGGUCAGUGGUGGCCCUCCAGCCCCACACAUGCAGAACCAGAUGAAUGGACAGAUGCCUGGGCCAAAUCACAUGCCGAUGCAAGGUCCCGGUCCAGGCCCCAACCAGCCCCCAAACAUGCCCAGUGGCUCAAUGAAUAUGCCCCCCAGCAGCCAUGGCUCGAUGGGUGGUUACAAUCACACCGUCCCGGCCUCCCAGGGCAUGCCAGCUCAGAGCCAAAUGAACAUGACCCAAGGCCAACCCAUGGGAAACUAUGGGCCUCGGCCAAACAUGAACAUGCAGCCCAAUCAAGGCCCCAUGAUGCACCAGCAGCCUCCCUCCCAGCAGUAUAACAUGCCUCCUGGUGGUGGUGGACAGCACUACCAAGGACAACAGAACCCAAUGGGCAUGAUGGGCCAGGUCAACCAAGGGAACCAUGUCAUGGGGCAGAGGCCAAUGCCACCAUACAGACCUCCACAGCAAGGACCCCCUCAGCAGUACCCAGGGCAGGAAGACUACUAUGGGGACCAGUACAGUCACGCAGGACAGGGAGCCUCAGAAGGUAAUGCCCAGUAUGGCCAGCAGCAGGAAGCAUACCAGCAAGGCCCUCCCCAGCAGCAGGGCUACCCUCCUCAACAGCAGUACCCGGGUCAACAGGGCUACCCACCACAGCAGCAGGGCUACGGUCCCUCCCAAAGUGCCCCAGGACAGUAUCCCAACUAUCCUCAGGGGCAGGGACAGCAGUAUGGGGGCUAUCGCCCUCCUCAACCUGGACCCCCACAGGGCCAGCAGCAACGCCCUUACGGUUAUGACCAGGGCCAGUAUGGAAAUUACCAGCAAUGAGAGAUGGUCACAGCAACCCACACAGCUCUGCUCUGAUCUCUGUCUGAGUUUUGACCUCUGGUCAUCCGCUCAGCAGACUUUAAUGAUGGUUGCAGCUCACUGAGAUUCUCUCUCAGACACGAACAUACAACACUCAAAAAUACAAGAUACGUUUCCCCGUCUCUUUAGGCUCUUAUCCUUGCCUGUAAAAUGUAUUCUGUUUAUCAUGUACAUUGACUCGAUAAUGUCAAAGUCCACGACUCACCCUCUGGUCCAGUAUGUCUCAAAGCAGCAAUGCCUUAAAAAUGGAACUGCCUUAUCCUUCAGCAUUGCAGAUUGUGAAACGAGCUAACAAAAUUUUGGAUAUCAGAGAUGAUUUAAAUGUACAGUUUCAAUCUACUGUGGUGCAUUGUUUCUCUAUCAUUCAGCUCCCUGUUCAUAAGAAGCAAUAAUGCCAGCAGUAGGGAAAUGUGUGGGGGCUUAGAGAUGAAAUGAUGCACCAGACAAACUUCCCGCUAGGCCAUGGUACAUGUCUUGAUGUAUGUGAUGAUGUAAAAAUAUAUUUUAUGCUUUUUAGACCAAGCUAACUUUGUAUAAGACAUUGGAAACUAGUACUAAAGCUGUGUUGUUUAUUUCAUAAAGUGUAUGUGUCAAUGUUUUUUUUAUGAUCUUAAAUGAUGAUCCCAUCCAGCACAUUUUGUUUCGUUUUUUGAUUUCUUUGGUUGUGUUGAAUUGUGUAACUAUUGAUUUGGAUCUGCUACUUCAGUGACACGGACACUGCUCAAAUUCUUUGUGGAAAAAUGAAAACUUAAUUGACAUGCAGAGAAAAUCUUUCAAGGAUAAAUGCCAACAGCAGACCUGGAAUUAGAAGAUGUUUAAUGUCUGAAAUCAUGUAACAGUUGCUAUAGUCUGUGUUGAGCUGUGUUUUUAAGUCAGUGAAAAAUAUAUAUCAAAUUUGGUUCAUGAACAGAUUACCUGACAGAAUAAUGGCCGUCGUUCUUCAUUUAACAUGUGCUCAAAGAGGUGAUAUGUAGCAGAAGCCACUGCGAACUGUAAGAUAAUGCUCUCUGGAGCCUUUUUUUUCUAUACAAGCACCUCAAUCUUGUCCAUUGACUGCAAAGUGGUGAAUGGGAAAGAUGAAACUCGGUAUAAUAAAUAUUUCUGACAAGUAGUUUGUUUUGUUAGUCUUGACAAUGCUGGAAACCCUUCUCCCCUUUGAAUAAAUGUCUAAGUUGAUGUCAUUCAAAUAGUGUUGUGUGUGAAUAAUAAAGAUUGUUACUGUCAAAUAUGUAACAUAAGAUGUGAAAAUAAUGUUCUGAAAUGGAUUCCUUAAUUUCACAGUAAAGACUGGUUGUGCAGUUUUAUAUCACUGGCUUGAUAUCUGUUUUAUGGUGCAUACUUUAUUGAUCCCAUAUGUACAGCAACAUAAAGAAGAGGAAAUCCAAGUCCUCUGGUAUUGUUUAUAUAUGGCUGUUUUAAUAUUUUGCAUUCUGCACCCCAUCCAAGUGGUGGUCACAUUUGUGUCAUGGCAAUGUAUAACUGUACAUUAUAAUAAAUUGGAAGAAGCUUUAAUAUA